UAUAUAUACAUAACAUGAGUAUAUAUAUACUCAUGUUUGUGUUUCUAGAACAUUUUUCAACUGAGUUCGUUAAAGUAAUAUGGAGGAUAAGAAAAAUAUCGGAUAAACCAUAUUAAAUAUUUUUUUAAUAUAAUAACAAUGUACUAAAUAUAACUUCAGUUGAGACAUUUCCAUAAAUAAAUAUUUUUUAAAUAUAUCUAAAUUAAAUGUAUAAUUUCCUUUCAGAGUUCGUUCGUUAAUGAUAUUUGAUCUAUAAAAACAUAGAUAAAAAGAGUUUUCUUAACAUUAGUAUAACCAGCUGAUGAAUGCAGAAUCCAUUCACAUGAAACUAAUUAUGCAGCUGCACAAAUGUGAGAUAAAAGUGAAGAUGACUCAUAAAUUGCCAAUGGCUUCUUGCUUAUCUCUACUCCACUUCCACCAGGCAGUCAAAUCUAAAUAAAUACUGUUCAGUAUUAGUUGGAUAACUUGAGACUGAUGUGCUUGAAUAUUUAAAUUUCAAAGACGCUGUUUCAUCUUCAAGUGCUCUUCUCGCAGUUAUAUCAGUUCUGCUAAUGCUGAUUCGACUUAUCUAUCAUGAAAACCUUUCUGUAGUAUAAUAGGGUUCAAAUCAAGCUUCAUUAUUCACCGAAAUAUCUAGGAGCUUUUGAAGAGACUAUUAGCACAUCCUAUUCCUACGAAACCAUGUAGCAUGUGCCUGGAGAAUGUUUUCAGCUAUGGCAGUAGUGGGGACAAAAGCCGCAUCUGGGUGGUGGCUGGAGUACAGUAGUCCUGUCUUGUCUUUUGAGUCUGGAAGGAUCUACUCCAAGGAGCGUGAAAUUGUUCAUCCUGUACUCGGUCAAAACCAACCCCUUGUUGAAGAGGAAGAUCCUGAUGUUCUAGAAGCCGUUGACCCAUGCGAGGGAAAAUGCAGAUCAGGACAAGUCUGUCAGCUUUCGGAAGGCGUAGCGAUGUGUGUCUGUAUACCCUCUUGCCCUGAAGAAGCUGACCCACGUCGAAAGGUUUGCUCCAACUUAAAUAUAACUUACGAUUCAGAUUGUGCUAUUCAUCAAAUGAGAUGUUGGUGUCGCAGCAGUGAUCGUAAAUGUGUAGGAGACAAGGAGAAGCUUAGCCACAUACACAUCGAUUAUUACGGAGAAUGUAGACAGCACGAUGAAUGCACCGAAAAUCAAAUGGCUGAUUUUCCAAGAAGGAUGAGGGAUUGGUUAUUCAAUAUAAUGAGGGAUAGUGCUGACAGGGAAGAACUGUCUCCUCAUUAUCUUAGAAUGGAACGUGAAGCGGAAACUAACCUUACGAAGAGGUGGGUGAAUGCAGCCAUUUGGAAAUUUUGUGACCUUGAUACUAGCAAUGAUAGGACGAUAUCCCGACAUGAAGUAUUCCCAAUUCGUGCUCCUCUAAUAGCUCUAGAACAUUGUAUUGCUCCAUUUUUGGAUAAAUGUGAUGCUGAUGGAAAUCACAGAAUUACCAUGCAAGAAUGGGCUUCGUGCUUGGAGAUUAAGGAGGACGAAAUCGAAGACCAAUGUGAUAUUGUAAGAGAUGAAAAUGAUGAAGAAUAAGGUUCUGAUGUCUCGUCUAUCCUUUUUUUGUACCAAAGUAUUUUGUAACAAAUAAAUCCUAUUUAUAAAAUCAUUUUAGUACAUCAUGAUACAUUAUUUUAUCAAUGUAUUAUUUUUUUUUAAUAAUAAAUGUUUAGUUAAGAACUAUUAACUAUUUUUGAUAUUCUUAUUUUAAUUCUGUGAAAAUUUAUUUUUAAAAAAUCACUGCCAUUUAUGUUAACUAAUUGUUUAAUUUAAGUGUUGUUUUUUAAUUCACUUAUGAUGUAAUAUUAUAAUUUUAUGUACUUAUAAGGUUUUUUUUUAUUUUUUGAAUUAAUUGAUAUCGAUCAUACAUUUAAAAAUAACUUGGAAAAAUAAAUAUUUUUAAAUGGUCUAUUAAUUUUAACUGUGAAUUAAAUUUAAUAAGUAAUUUAUGAUUUUGGACUGUUAAAUUUCUGAUAUCCAGAAAUAACAAACAACAGUAUUAGAAUUCAAACUUAAAUUUGAAUAAUGGGUUCCUGCCAACAAACUGGUGGAUUUCAUAAAACAGAAUUAAAAUUUCUAAUUUUUUUUUAAUGUUUGCUAAAUGGUAAGGUGGUACUAAGCAUCCUAUAUAUUAUUUCUGGAACGUGUUUUUCUGUCGGUACAACAUAACUUUGUCAAUUCUUCAUCAAAUCCAAUAAUUGACCACUCAUUUUGAAGAUAUUCUUCUCCUUCACAUGCAAAAAAUAGUCCUAUCCUACCAAAAUUUCUGGAAAAAAAGUUAUGAAGGAAAAGAAACUUUAUUCGCGAAUAAGUCAAAAAGUAUGUUUUUUUUUCUCAUGAUCGGGGCAUUAUUUUCUUUUUAUUAUCUUUCCAGUCAGCAUUUAAAAAUAGGUCCUAGCAAAGUAAUUUGUACAAAUAUUUUAGUCUAUUAUGUUAAAUGGAAUAUUGUAUUCGACCAAGCAAAUCAUAUUAAAAACCUUCCUCACAUAAUACAUAGGAUUUACUUAUUUCCAUAUUGUUUUGCUAUUUUUUCACUAAUCAAAAUUUUCUGCGAAUUAUUCGGACAGGCCAACUAGUUAGCCACAAUGCAAAGUAUUUUUUUCUGAAAAAUAAGUCAUCGUUCACUUGGGCUUAGGUCUUCUAUGCCGAUUUAAUUUCUACUCAUAAUUUAUUGAAAUAAAUGUGUAUAUAUUACAUGUGGGUACCGAGACACAUUUUGUUAUAAGAAGAAGUAAUGUUGCCAACUAUAGAUAAAAUUACAUAAUAAUUCUGCUUUUUCAUUUCUACAUUUUAUUGUUGAUAGAUACCUAAAACCUUCUAUUUCUUUUUUAGGAUUUAACUGCCCUUAAUAGGUUCUUAUAAUUUAUACUUCAUUGAGUUUUAUACCUCUGAUAUAUCCUACUUAAAAAAAAAAAAAACUUAAGAUAAUAUAGACUUAGAUUUCUAAUAUCUAAGUAAGAUAUGCUUAUUUAUAAAUAAAUCAAUGUUAAGAGAGAUAUAAUAGCUUCUGAGAAGAAAUUAAAAAAAAGAUAAUUCAUCUGACGUUUUUAAUAAAAAUAUGAGUAGGUUCUAUCUUUUUAUGAAUUCUUUACUAUAACUUUAACAUAUUGAUUUUACAUAGAUUUUCAGUGCUAAUAGUUCAGCGAUCAUGGUCACUAAUUUAUUUAACCUCAAUAGACGGAGGUUAACUGUAGGCAAUAGAAGUCAAUUCGCUAUCCUAAAGUUUAUGGGUAACGAUCGAUCUGCAAUGGCAAUAGUACUUUCAUUAUAGUUCAAAACUUUUGUGUCUCAUUGCCUAAGUAAUUUCCACAAACACUAUUAAUUUUAGUGUCUUUUAUAACUUGUAAUUGAUAAUUUUGAUUUUUUAAUCAACACCAAACAUAUCUUAUUCUAGUGAAUAAAAUUGUUCCUUCUCUGACAUUCCUGGACCAGUAAAUAUAUUUUAGAAUAUUUGAGCUAUCUAAUAAUUUGUAAUUAAAAUAUUCAGUCAAGAUUCAGGUUGUUCAAUCACAAAUUCUAUCCGUGAUUAAGAAUCAAAUAUCAAUUUUAGUUAUUAAUAUCUUUCUUAUGUUAUUUCUAAAAAUGAGACUGUAGAAAACUACACUAAAAAUCGUGGUUAUUUUUCUUCAGUAAAUUAAAUAUUCUUACAAUAUCAUAGUUUAAUAUAUAAUUUAUAAAAUAAUAAUAUUAAAUUUUAAAAUUCAUUAUUU